AUGAGCAACAACAACGUAUCCCUCUUCAACACACCCGGCCCCAACGACAUUCCCUUGGGAGCCGAACCCCCCAUCGCAUCAAACCGCCUCGUCUACAACACCGACGACGCAUCAACACUCGAGCGCUUCAAGAUCCGCGAGAUCUGUGAAGGAUGGCCGCUCCACCGCGACGCCUGCGAGUGGACGGACCUCCGCGCCAUCUUCGACCCCAAGGCCUUCAUCAACAUCACGUGGCAGCAGAAUUACCGAGAUGAAGCGAUCGAGACAUGGAAAGAGGGAUUCAAGAAGGGAGACUUUAUCACCCACCGUGCACUCGGCCAUGCAGUCGAGAUCAAGGGCGAUCGCGCGAUCGAUAAGAUGAAGGUCACGAUUUCGUGGAGAUUCGCUGAUGACGAUGGGGUUGAGUGGGAUAGUGAUUGCGACGUCCGCUUCGUCUUCUUCCUCAAGAAGCAACCCCAGGGCUGGCAGAUAUUGUGCAACCACCCUAUCUACGAGAAAGACAAGCUUGUCCCCGUUGAUCCCACGAGACUGCCUAGGAUCGACCAUGCGUCGCUGGACAAGGAGCCGAAGGGGUACAGGUUCCUGGCGUAUGGGAUGCGGCGCCUUGGGUAUCCGAUCAAGCAGAACCUGCCGCAGCUGUUUGGGAAGGAGCGUGAUGAGCUGUAUAGGGAGAUGGUGGAGUUUCUGGACGGGAAAGAGAUUGAUUUCUCGCAGGACGAGUUUUGA